AUGUAUCAAAACAAGAUUCACACUAACAUAGAAAACGUUGCCUAUCAAAUCGAGGACCCAGAAGAAGAGCCACAGAUAGAAAACCCAGAGGAGGCGGUGUAUUAUAAUGAUCUAUCUGUGGCUAAAGAUAUUGUUGUAUCAGACCUACUGAAUGUAAUCACACAGAGAGAAGCCAAGGGAAAAGAAGGAUUCCUUAAGGAAUUUAAGUCGCUUCCAUAUGGGGAAAGAUUUGAUUGUGAAAUCGCUAAAACAGAGGAAAACAUGCCUAAAAACAGAUUCAAAACCACCUUUCCAUAUGAUCAUUCCCGCGUUAUUUUAGAAGCUAGUAAGGGCUUUACCUCCGAUUACAUAAAUGCUAACUACAUUGAGAAUCUAGAUGAAAAACGGGAAUUCAUUGCAUGUCAAGGCCCACUCAAAAACACUUUAGUUGACCACUGGAGAAUGAUUUGGCAGGAACAUGUAGAUUACGUCAUCAUGUUGACCAACCUUACUGAGGGACCAAAGGUGAAAUGUCACCAAUAUUGGCCAGACGAAGGAAAGGAACUGAACAUUAAUCCAUUUUCUGUAACCUUGUUGGAAGAGAAAAAAUAUUCUCAUUUCGUCGAACGAAGAAUGACAGUGUACAAAAAGAAGGUCACUGGGUCAAGGACGGUCGUGCAGUAUCACUUCAUCCGAUGGCCAGACCACGGAACACCAAAUCCCUUAAACUUGAUUGUAUUCCAUCGACAUUUUCGACACAAGAUCAUGCCUUCCCAUCACCCAAUACUUGUCCACUGCAGUGCUGGAAUAGGGAGGACGGGUACGUUUAUAGCCUUUGACGUUUUGUCGAGGUAUGGCAAGGACGAGGGUAAGGUCAAUGUCAUAGAGUAUGUCAAGGCAAUGCGUAAAGACAGGAUGACAAUGAUUCAAAAUGUGAACCAAUAUGUGUUUCUGUACCAUGUACUGUACGAGUUCUUCAGAAGAAAAACGCAUUAUAAAAAGAGAGAAAAAUUUCUCAGUCAAUAUGGAGAUAUGAACAAAGCUGAUAACCAGAAACAGAUAACAAACGAAUUCAAUGAACUGAUAAGUUUAAAACCAAGAAAUGUUGCCCAAGAUUUCAAGAGUGGAAAGGCGUUUUCAGAACUGAACUUUUCCAAAUCAGUUUUACCAGUUGAGCAAUAUCUAGUAUAUUUGACAUCCCACGUUCCAGGCCGACAAUGUUAUUACAAUGCAGUGAAUGUUUCUUCGUUCACCCGAUCUGAUGAAUUUUUGUCUGCUCAAUUUCCGGUGCCUGGAGCUGCCGUAGAUCUUGUUCGUCUGCUAAUUGAUCAGGAAUCAGCAUUUUUGAUUUCACUGAACCCUUUUUCAGAGGUUGAAGAGCUACAAAGCUGGGUUGAGGAAAAAGUAAAUCCCCUCAAACUUAGUCCUUAUAUAAUCACUAAGGGUACACAAGAAGUAUUGUCCGGGGAGAUAAGAAAGACAAAUAUAACAAUCACAACAAAGAAGAAAUCAUUGCCAAACGUGCUCUAUAUUUUCUGUAAAAGGGAUGGUGCGACAUGUUGUGGAGUAUUUUGCGCUGUGUAUAACGCCAUAGAACAGCUACAACAGGACGAGGAGGUGGACAUAUUUACUAUUGUUCAGCAAUUACAAUGUCGAAGACCCGAAAUGAUAUCAACAAAGGAAGAAUAUGAAUUUUGUUUCAAAGCAGUUUCUGACUUUCUGAAUACAGAGAGUGUAUAUGCCAACACAUAA